AGAAGCGUUCGGGCAAGCUCGUCAGAAAUGUGCGAGCACAAUCUUCUCAGUUCUGGGUAUGUCGCUCCCCUUCUGAAUUUCCACUCGUCCGACUCCCUCUACCUCCAAAAUCUGCGAGGCAAUGGAGUCCAUCUCUCUGGGCUCCCGCAGAUGUCCUACAGUAGGAGAGAGGUGUGCUCGCUCCCGUGGACUUCUCCAAAUUCGUGCACAGCUCCGGCCCAGAGCCGCGCCUACGGCGGCUACUCUCAGCCGCUUUUCGGCAGUUCAGCCGCUGCGAGCGCUAGCCUCAACACUCACAGAAAGGAGGAAUCCGGGAGGUACUGCUUCCAAGAUGUCAGCCACAAAUCAGAGGAGCCCGGACGACUUAACGCGGCUUACGCAAGCGAUCAGAGCGAACUUUCAAACUCGGAGAGGCGACAGCAGAGCAGGGUCGGGCCGAGUGAACUUAGCUUUAUCGAGCAGCCGGUGACUGAUGCUUCGAAGCAGUCUGUCAGCUCCAUCGCUGCGUUUCAACCAUCACUGAACAGCCCGGGCGUUAGAUCAGCCUUCUCCGACGGACUGCCGUGGUGUCCCUCACAGGUGAGGUCAAGAAAAAAGAGGAAACCCUACACGAAGCCCCAGCUGGCCGAACUGGAGAACGAAUUUAUGAUGAAUGAAUUUAUAAACCGGCAGAAACGAAAGGAGCUUUCGGACAGACUGGAACUGAGCGAUCAGCAAGUGAAAAUCUGGUUUCAGAACCGCAGGAUGAAGAAAAAAAGACUUAUGAUGCGCGAGCAUACCUUCACUGUUUACUAGUUUUUUUUUUUAUUUUAUUUUAUAAACAGUGACUUGGAGAUGCAAAUCCACCAAACCCCUCUAUCUGGAACUCCUCCGAACGCCUCUGUCAUUUAAUAAUCAACUCCAACAGGCUGUUAAAUAAUUAAAGCCGAACCGUUUAAAACGUGUAUUUAUUAGCCACGAAGUCGCUGCGUCUGUAUGCGUCUGCUGAGUGUGUGUGUGUGUGUGUGUGUGUGUGUGUGUGUGUGUGUGUGUGUGUGUGUGUGUGUUUUGGGUAAAGAACGCUGAUUCCAAAGCUGUAACGUUAGCUCGCUGUGUGUGAAAAUAACGCUUUGUAGUUUAAAAGUGCACCGAAGGUAGAGUAGGAACGCUGUGUCUAUAUAUCGGCUUCAUAACACACAUUCCGGCCUCAUUUAAAAGCGCGCGGAUAACUGCAUGGAGUCAAUAAACUGUCAGACCUUUAUUCAUUUUUUUGUAUCUUCCGAUCUAAAACUACGUUUUGCUGUAUUUUAACCAAAACGUGUCACGUGUAAUAUUU